GCAAUGACCUUUCUAGGGCCUACGUUGAAGUAUAUAGAAAGCGACAGGUAUGUCCAUCUUCAGUCUUCUCUUUUGUCUUCAAUUGGUGACAAUGAAUCGAUGGUUUAUUUUGUUCGCAGUCUGCAAUGCUGUAAGUGGAAUUGAUGGGCGUCCACAGCAACCUUACAUAUUGAAGCCGAAUGGAGAAAUUAUUCACUUCGUAGGCGGUCUCCCAGUGCCUUUUAUUAGCCAAAAGCUUGUUAUGCCUUUGACUUCGACAAUGCUACUGGGUUUACCCGUCUCUCUAGCAGGAUCAGUUAUUCCAUUGGCACUCUGGCCGUACUUCAAUCAAUUCAACCCUUCUUUCAUUUCAAACGUUAUCUAUAAGGAGCGGACAAGUACUCCUGUACCGAUUUCUACAUCCAUUGGUUUGGAUUCCGGGAAUGAAAUAACGACUUCUAUCCCUAUGAAGUCAGAAGAAACUACUGCAGCUACCAUAACCGCUACGCAAGCCGAUGUCGAUUUCUCAAUUCCGACAGCAGAUUCAGGGAUAGUAGCAGGUGCGGUAAGUCAAGCGGUAACACAGCCAUCUUCAUCUAUUCCGGCAUAUUCAACAUUACCACCCUCAUUGGCCAUGCCGACUACUCCGGUCAUUACGGUUCAGCGAGACGGAGAGUACGACUUUGAAUAUAGCGUGAAUAAUCGAGAAACCGGGGAUAUCAAAAGUCAUGGAGAGAAACGAUUGAAUGGUGUCGUGACGGGAUACUAUUCGCUGGUGGAUGCGGACGGGAUGCUACGCAAGGUCAAUUACACGGCUGAUGCUAAUGGCUUUAGAGUGACAGUAAACAGGCUACCCAUAACAAGCCAAUAGGUUGACUAUUAAAUUAUCACGACGUCUACCGAAAACAUAACGGAAUUCCCUUUUGUCCUACAUAACGAUUAAAUUUUACAAACUGAAAAGACGCGAUGAAUUAAUAAUCCGGAAACUAACUUAAAAAUAUACGGUAAAAAUGA